AUGGCGUCUCUCUGCGCUCUGCUUCUGCUGACCGUCUCCCCGGCGCUCGCCUCCGCGCGCGCGCUCCAGCAAGCCCCCCCGGGGCAACUACCCGGGACAAAUCUGCCGUUGCUCGGCGCCCCGCCGGUGCCCGGGGUGGUUGCACCGGGGCCCGCAGCAGUCACCAUUAUGGCCGGCACGUGUCCCGGGGUCAGCUUCAACGCCACGGGGCUGGGCCAGGUGGCUGCCACGUGUCUCGGUACCAACCACCCGAUCUCGUGCUGCCUCGCCGUGAACCAGCUGUGGGACAGCGCCGCGCUCGAGUCACCCGCCGCCGCGCAAACUCUCGGGCAGGCGUACGUGGAUCCUGACGUCGAGCAGGACUGCCUUGCUGUAACCGCUCAAGCGCUCCAGGGGCUGGGCCUGCAUUCCGCUCUAGUUGGGCUGUGCGCGCGCGGCUUCACGCUUCCCCCCACACUCCAGCGCGGCCCCAACCGGUGCCCCAGCGUCGACGUGUCGGCGCCGCUGAUCCAGAACGUUGUCAGCGCGUGCCAGAGCGCGCAGACUCCCAACGACGCAUGCGGCCCGUGCUUCAACGCGAUCGCCCAGUCCGCAGUUACCCUCCUCGGCAACGCCGUCAACGCAACCCAGGCGGUCGCCCAGGCGCAGGGCGUGCCAAUCGCGGCCGCGGGCGUCGCGCUCGCGGGCGGGGCCCUGCAGGCGGCCGCGGACUGCGUGCAGCUGGUGAAGCUGCGCGUGCUGGAGAGCAACCCCGGCGUCUACAGGGCCUUCGCGCUGCAGGAUGUCGUCAGCAACGUCGGCUGCCGCCCGCUGGUGGGAGAAAAAGUCGAGCGGUUUCGUUUUGGGGGGUGGUGA